AAAAAAUAACAAACAUUGUUUUGGCCAGUAUGAACAAAACUCUUGUCCUGAGAAUACAGUUCAACCCUGGUGUUAAUGUACUUAGAGAUGUCAACAAUGUCUCAGAUUUGCCAAGAUACCAAAGUCUGUCAUCAAAGGAUUAAAGCAGGAAGGGAAGGAAAUUCACAGGCUAAAGUUCCACCGAAUCCACCAUGGCCAGAUAUAUUGCUCGUAUCAGAAAAUGCAUCCCAGGAGUUCGGCAUCCAGACAGCAACAUCCCGUCUCAAGGUGUUACCGUGGAUAUGGGGGCGGUUGAUUACGGGAAAGAGAAGGACAAGGGACAAAUGUCAUUCUAUAAUCCGAUGGACCCCGUGCCAAAAUAUGAAUUUUAUGCCAAAGACACUUGGUCGGGACGUAUAAAAAGCACCAGACCGUCACUGGAUGCUCUGCGCAAACCACCAGACCCUGAUGAUCUUCCUCCACCACCAGAGGACGACGGACAGCCCAAAGUCAAGCUUGUUCGCUUUGGAUGGGUUCUGGGAGUCAUGAUCCGCUGUAUGUUGAACAUCUGGGGAGUCAUUAUGUACCUGCGGCUGCCGUGGAUCACGUCUCAAGCUGGAAUCAGUGAGUCAGUCUUCCAUCUGGCUUAUUUAAUUCAGUUCAUAUCCUAA